GUUUGCAAUUAUUAGCUUUACAAGUGUUUAAAUUUUAAUUAUUGACAGGAUCUCUACUUGAUUCGUAUGGCUUCUGUAGCUGAAAUACACGGCAUAUCACAGAAUAUAUGUGGACAGGACGAGGUGGCAGGUAUUCUAACGUGGGCAAACCCUGUCUCUUCUGCACAUCUCUGUCAUGAAACGGGCUCUCCACUUCCACUUAAAACUGUUUUAUGCUUUGAGGAUGUUUCUUGGGGCUCUAGUGGUUUUCUAUUUGAUACAAAGAAACUAUUCAAAUGGCAGUACAAAGAAGGAGAAGGCAUUGUGGGCAAAGCACUUAAAUGUAAUCGACCUUUCUACGUUCCUGUCAUUGGGUCGGAAGAAAAUGUUUGCCCAUAUAUUUCUUACCUUCAGAGAGAAUUUCAUAUUCUUGGUGCUCUUGCAAUUAAGCUUAGCAGUGCCUAUGCCAGCUGUGGUGAUUAUGUAGUCGAGUUGUUGUUCAAACGUCGUAAUAUGACACUUGAGACACAAAAAUGGUUGGUACACCGUAUCACAGAUUACUUGAAAAAUGCAACGUCACGUUUUGUCAACUAUGGUAAUCAGGACCCUCUAGUUGAGCUAGCUGAGCUUGACACUGCAGUUUCAGAUACCAUGCUCGUGAGAAGCAAUCCACCAUCUCAAUCAACUAGUGAUUUCAAUUUAAAUCUGAUUAACCAGACAGUUGGAAAUGCUAUGGAUGGGCAAUUGCCUAUGCAACAGUUUUCUUUUGUUGGUCAGCUACUUUACACUGGAGUUUUAGAUGCCAUGCCCACACAAGGCAAUCUACAAGCUCAACCAGCUGAUGCUUUUGGUUCUAAAGGGAAAACCUUUGUGGUUAACCCAGGGGAUGGGAAUGUUUUGCAAUGGUCUCAUGAACAGGGUCCUCCUAUUCAGCCACAUGUAAAUGUAACUUCAAAUAUCAAGGCCUCGGGAGAGAAUAUAGUGGCUCCACCAAUUGGUGAUUUCAAUUUGAAUGGAAGAAUAUCCUCGAGUGGGAAUAAUCAGAUUGCUCAAUAUCAUGUUACAGAUAUACAAGUGCCUUAUAAACAGCCGAAGUUUGAGUUUCAAUCCGAAAAAGAUCUUGAACCUCACAUAAUUCAUGUCUACAAUGAAGAGAAGCAUAAACUUUGUGGAUAUUUUGAUGAGCUUUCUUGUCGCUUUAAUCUGACGAUUAAUUUGUGGAAGGAUAAUGCUAAAGGGAUGGUAAAUUGUUGCUUGACAACGCACUUUAUUGAUGAUAGUUGGGAAUUGAAGAAGGUGGUUCUUGCUUUUAAAAGAUUUGAGAAUGAUUUUGGUGCAAUAUCAUGGUCUAAAGUUAAUGAGAUGGUGCUUUCAGAUUGGAAUAUCAAUAAGGAAGCAUGUUCCCUAACAAUCCACAAUUCCUUCUCAAAUGAUGAGAUAGUUCACCAUGAAGAAAAUUCACCUUCUAGUAUUUUCUACCUUAGUUAUGAUAAGUGCAUUAGUGACAUAAAUUAUAUGGCUGCAAAUGUGUCUUUGAAAAGCAUUUAUCAAGUGUAUAAGGAGAAGUAUUUAGCAACCAAACCAAAUCGGCUAGAAUUUUAUCAGUAUCUGGAAGAUGAGGAAUCCUACUUGAUCGAAAUUGACAUAUUAAAAUGGUGGCAAAACAACAGCUCUAAAUUUCCUACGAUGGUGAAGAUGGCUCGUGACUUCUUAGCCAUACCUUUGUCAACCAUUGUGACAAAUUCUGCAUUUACCACAGAGGUUAAAAAAAUUGUUUCUAGCAAUAGUGAUCAAGAUUUGAAGAUCAUAAAUGCAAUCAUAUGCUGUCAAGAUUGGUUAGCAUCAGUAAAAACAUUAGCCAAUGAGAAGAGUGACGAAAAGUUAAGGAGGGAGCCGAGAGUACGGUCAGAAAAGGAUGUUCGGGAGUACUUGGUUUGGGAUUUUACAAAAGAGGAUUUACAGCAUUUGGAAAAUUGGAAGAAUCAUAAAAGCACAGGACAAUUGAAGGACAAAGAGACUCCUCUUGUCAUCCCUCUACUUGAUGCUAAUAUCCAAGCAACACCGCAACUGUAUUAUAUUGGGGAUGAGGCCAUGAGUAAAUACUUUGAUUUACUUAAGAGAAGGUUCGAAGAUAAUCCAAACAUGUUCUUGAAGCACGAUUACGUGGAUUCUUCAACAGCGAGUUUCUUGCUUAAUGGACAAGAACCUAUUGUGCCAAGCUGGAUCACUCCUGAGAAACAAAUCAAUACAUGCAAGUUGUUUCUACCACUCUGUUUGUUAGACCAUUGGACUCUUUUCUAUGUUGACAUCAAGUAUCACAAAUUUGUAUGGUUGAAUUCCCUUAGAGAUACCCAAAAAGUGUCCAGUGUUACUCUAAAACAAAUUAGGAGCUGGUUUGAAAAUACUUUAUUGCCUGCCAUGGGCCUAAACAAUGCUACGAAUUGGCCUCUCGAUGUUCCAACCGAUAUUCCUAGGCAACAGAAUAGGAUUGAUUGUGGCAUUUUUGUAAUGAAGUAUGCGGAUUGCCUUACGCAUGCCAAUUGCAUUGGUUUCCCUUUUUCUCAAAAGGACAUGCCUCACUUUCGGAAGCGUAUAUUUCUUGAUUUACACAAUCAAAGAAUACAUGUUCCUGAAAGCCUGCAGAGCAAAGCAGAUGGGAUGAUAUUCUAAUCAAUGAUCAUUUUUUUUUCUCUUCUAAUACUUGUAAUGGUCUUUUUCCUUUGUUCUGAUACCAAACUGUAGAGCAAAGCUGAUGGGAUAAUUUUCUAAUUAUUGAUCAUUUUUCUUUCUCUUCUAAUGCUUCUAAUGGUCUUUUUCCAAACUAACCUGCAGAGCUAAGCAGAUGGGAUGAUUUCUAAGUAAUGAUCAUUUUUUUUUUCAUCUUCUAAUGCUUGUAACGGUCUUUUCCCUUUGUUUUGAUACCAUCCUGCAUAGCAAAGCAGAUGAUAUGAUUGUCCUGCCCAUCAAAGUGGUGUAUAUACAUAUAGCAUUUUGUUCAAAUGGUUAUAUAUGUUGUUAGAUGUCUAUUUCAUACACUAAUGCAAACGAGGAAUGGUUAUUGGAAGGGUUAUUAAUUAGUAAGCCCUACAUAAAGUUUCAUUUUUCUU